GGGGGGGGGAGCUAAGGUUUCGAUUUAGAGACGGUCAAUUUUCUCGAAACAAAGGACUUGGAUAUCUCCAUCAUCUUGCCUGUGUGUCUAUGUGUACGCGCACUUUUACUCCCACUGAUAACACUACCGAAAGUGCACAAGAGACUCAUUUUGAUUGGGAAAACAUCUAUUCUAUUCCAUCCACUUCAGUGGUUAUUGUUUUGUAGCAUAUUUUAUGUAUUUGUGGUUUUUGUAUGUCUUGUUUUGGUGCAAUUAAACGCACGCAGACAUUACAGCAAGCAGAUUUAGUGGAAUUGAAGAGAGUUACAGUUUUUCUGUAAAACAAAAAAAAAAGGGCAUUAUUAUUCUUUACAAUGCAGUGCGCUGUCUAGUUUCUGUGCGUCAUGACUCUGCGUAAUACAGGUUUGAGUCCUUGUUUUUAGGUGUUUUGUGUCUGUUUUAUAGCAGUAAGAAAGUGACAGCAGCAGAGAGUGAGUCUGUGUCUUACUGUAAUGUGUUAAUAUUGGGAAUGGUGGAAAAAAAAGCAAUGGAGGUCUGUGGCAGCUAGUGUGUGAGCGGGUCACGGUUGGGGAGAUGAAUUCCCUUUAGGAGGAAAAACAAAGAGCUGUGUAUCUCAGUUCAGUAAUGCACAGCUCAAGGGCAAAAGCAGCCGCACAAUCUGGAUGGGGCAUAUGGACUUGCCAUGCCAGUGAUGUUAAUAUCGGAAAAUGGAGGGAAAUAAAUCCUGUUUAUUCAUGCAAGGCAAAAGGCGACCCUGGGUGAGGCUGAAUUACCAUGCACGGGGAGUUAAAUGUGGAACAGGCGCCUGUUGGAGGCAUCACAGGUUUUAAAAGAGGGAAACGGUGGUGGAUUCUCGUCCCUAAUGCAAAGGUCUGCUAGUGAUUUAGGAGGCCGUGUAACCUGAAUUAGUUGAUGAAUUUUCUAUCGAUCCUAAACAAGCCAGAUUUAUCUCUGACAGGGUGCUGCUGUUGGGUGGCGGCGCAGCAGCCGGCCAGGCCACUCUCCCACUCCCCGUUAUUAGCGAUUUAAAAAGAACACACACACACACACACAAAAAAAAAGAAAAAAGCUUUGGCAAGCACGUCCUUACACACACCCAAAUAUAUACACAGAGGGUGGUGCAGGCGCCACUUUAAAUCCCCCCAAGCGCUUUCUUUCUGCUGCUUCUUUUUUCUUUCUCUUUUCUAUUUGAAGUUGCAGCCAGAUGCGUAACAGGGGAAAGGGUUGGUUUGCAAUAAGGGAGGACUUCAUCUGUACUGUAACUCUGUUGCUCGCGUGUGUCCGCGCGCGCGCUUACCGGAGCGGCUACAGCUGGAGCGGAAUGUAUUUUCAGCGUGUCAGUCGCGCUUUGUUAUUGUUGUGAUUCUCUGCCUGCUUAGGACGGCAUGCGUGCCGACGUGUGGUGGAGAGAUAUAUAGAAAGAACGGAGCAUAAAGGGAGGGAGAGGGGAAAGUAUUGUGAAUGCCCACAAACUGAGGCCAUAUGAUGAUGCGCGUGCGGGGGCCGUGUAUAUGCUUAAUCCCAUUUCCUUAUCCGGGGUCCGUCCUGGAGGCGCGCCAUUGGCCGGCUGCCGUCACGUGGCUUCUUAACUUUGUUCACUUGACAGAAAAGUAGGAGGGUUCAACGGAACAGGAAUAACCGAAGAGUAAAGGGAUGAGAUAUAAAUUUUAGUUAUAUAUUUUCCGAGUAGGUGCAAUUCCACAAAAAGACUGAAAUUAAUGGCCAUGAGCUCCUAUUUGAUCAACUCCAACUAUGUGGACCCGAAGUUCCCACCGUGCGAGGAAUACUCACAGAGCGACUAUCUGCCCAGCCACUCUCCGGACUAUUACAGCUCCCAGAGGCAGGAGCCUGCUGCCUUUCAACCGGACUCUCACUACCACCACCAUCAACACCACCCGCACCACCAGCAGCGAGCCGAGCCGCCGUUCACGCCGUGUCAGCGUGCAGGGCAGCCCGCUUCGGUGGUGAUGUCCCCUCGGGGUCACGUCCUCCCCCCGCCCGGGCUGCAGACCACCCCCGUCCCGGAGCAGAGCCACCGCUGCGAGUCGGUGACACCCAGCCCGCCUCCGCCUCCGUCUUGCGGUCAAACGCCCCACAGCCAAAGCACUUCGUCCCCGGCAAGCACUCGUAAGGACCCCGUAGUCUACCCGUGGAUGAAGAAAGUCCAUGUAAACAUCGUGAGUACAAACUACACAGGGGGUGAGCCGAAGCGUUCGCGGACGGCCUACACGCGCCAGCAGGUUCUGGAGCUCGAGAAGGAGUUUCACUACAACCGGUACCUGACGCGCAGGCGCAGGGUGGAGAUCGCGCACACCCUAUGCCUGUCAGAGCGGCAGAUCAAGAUCUGGUUCCAAAACCGGAGGAUGAAAUGGAAGAAGGACCACAAGCUGCCCAACACCAAGGUCCGCUCCGGGACAAAUAACACAAACUCCCAGUCUGUAACCGGCUCCCAGAACCGCACCGGACCUCUAUAGCCCGGUUCUCUGACUCUUUGUCUGAUUUUGCCCUCCCUUUCUUUCCCUGAUUCCCAAACUGACAAGCGGCAGCCAUGCUUGUAACCACCCGGAGCCUGCACUUUGGACCGGAAUAACGCCUCUGCUCUGGAGGGAAGGAGGGAUGUCAUUCGGUCCCGUUCGGCCCUGAUCUGUGCUGAUGUUACACACUAUAAUAUGACGUUAUGACGUGGGAGGGGGUGGAGGGGGAGAUUUCCCAUUCAUAAGAAAUGAAAUGAACAAAAGUAGGCGAAGAAGGAGACUGAAAGAACUGAGAAAAUGAUGCGGCCGCUUCUUUGCUUUUAUCCUCCCAUUCUCUCUCUCACUCACUCUCUCUCUCUCUCUGCUCUUUAUAUUUCUUGUCUUUUUAUACUCCUCUCUCUCUUCCUCUCUGUGACAGAGCAUAAGACGGUAUAGGCCGAGGAUAAUGUGCCCGAGUGCGUGUGGGUUCUUUCCUUCAUUUUUUUCUAUCCGAGACUUUUUUUUGGUGAAGAUGGAUCCUCGUUUUCAUCUUUAAUCAUGCCAAACUCGGGCCCCAUUUGUCAUGUUUACUCUGCGGGUACAAAGCAAAGGGGUGAACCGCCGCUCUGCCCAUUACCCCCCUGCACCCCUCACCCUCCCACCCCACUCACUCACGCACACACGCACGUGUAAUAAAUGGAACUCUCGUCAAGAGAAGUAUUCUCACACACACAUACAAAAACCACACACACCCCUCUAUAGUACUCUAACAUCAAAUAUAACCUCCAGUAUGAUCCAAAAUGACACCAGACAGGUUUCUGUCUUGUUGUUAUAAUUAUAACUGUUGGUAUUUCUGUUUUGUUUAAUGACAAAAUAUAGCUUUUUAAAUUUUAAUUAUAGUUAUUUUUGAAUUCAGUGUUAAUUGUAAAAUGAUACUUUAUGCUGUUAUUGCUGAGAAUGACAAGGAGCGUUUAUGUGGUCCGUUGAUUGUUAAUUUUGUGAUGUUGUAUACAGGGAAACAGACUGACAGGGUGAUUAAAGUGAAAUAAAGUUAAAUUAAGGCAUUUUCCACUACAUACAGGGUUUAUAAAGCUGCCUGAACAAAGGACACUAAUAACUAAACCAAAAUCCUGGUACAAAUAGUUCAAGAACACAGUAUAAACGCAGCACUAUACAAUGUACUACCUAUUACCUCAGUUGUACUGAUAUAUAUUUUUAUUUUUUUGGUCAUCUUAUUUUCUCUCUUGCUCGUUUAAUGAAGUGACAGCUUUUCGAGCUUUUAUAUUUUUGAAAUUGUGUGACGAGUUAUUAUAAUAAUUAUUAUUACCUGCAAUACAAAAAAGCGCUACUCAUUUCUUGUAUUUGGAAAAUUUAAAAAAUGUAAUUUAAUCAUAAGCAAUUGUUCUGGCCAGGGACAUUCAGAAAAAAUAAGGAGCCUUUUUUAUUGCAUGUCUGAAUGGUGUUGAUUUAUUUUUCUAUCUUUUCCUCUUUGUCUCUCUCCUCUCUCCGCACAUUAAAUGCGCGCACACUUCUUUUUUUCCUCUUUACUUCUCCUCCUCUUCUCUCUGUUCUGUCACCUUGUGCCACUUUUUAGAUAUUUUAUUCCGCAAGUGUUUUUUUUAAUUAAUGUUAUUUUAUUUACAUUCCAAAGAUCCGUUUCUAUCGUUAUUGAUGAUGAUAAUAACAAUGAUGCUAUUGUUGAACAUGUGUUACCUCCUCCGAUAUGUAAGUUGCUCCUUCCUCUUCUUAUGCCUCCUUGGUGUCUACCUUCCUAUUAUUUGUAAAUAGUUCAUAGAAAUUUAAAUAAAUGGCUAAAAAAGUA